AAAACAUACAAACUAUAACAUAAUAAAAUAUACAACCAGAACAUAUUAAAAAAGGUCUCAGAUGGACAGUUAACUCUGUUAUGUAGCAGUACCAAUAUAGUACUGACAAGAUUCCAGAGGCCUGCGUCAUUUUUUUCUUUUUUUUUUUAAAAUAAUUUAAUUUAAUUUUGAAUAAAGUUAGAAAUAACCAUUUUAUGUUCAGGAAUCGCUGGUCAGUGACGCAUAUGCUGAGUCCCGGCGCUAGGACCCUGAACACGUGAGCGUAUUUUGUUUUGCCAGAAGGUGGAGACAGACUGUGAACAAUGGAGGGACCUGACUGGUUGGGAGGACCAGAACACCCCGCUCCUCCUUCUCCACAUCCCCCUGAGACCAGCCGGACAGACGGACCCCACGGACUGACCUGUCCACAGUGACUGCAGGACGCAGGGCUGACACGGCUCACUUCUGUCCAAGGUGGACUGUGCGCACAGAGCGCAGCUUCUCUGAGCCUCCAGUCUGGAUGUGAAUGAAAGGGAUGGUUUCAGCGUGUGUGUGUUAAUGAGUGUGUGUGUGUAGCGCUGAACUGAAGUGGGUCAUGCGGAGCAGCGCUGGAGGAGCGAAAGAUAAACACGAUCACUCCUCCUCCACCUCCUUCUCCUGCUGCUGUUUUCCAGGUUGAACUGGUGCAUGGCGCUCAGUGGAGGAAUCCUAUCACCUCCUCAUCAGCAUCCAGCAACCUCAGAAGAUACUUCUGAUAUAACCAGCCUCUGGGAGAAAGUGUCCACAAGCAGGCAGCAGUUGUUGUGGACCACCUGCAGACAUCAUCAUUAUUUUUCACCUAUGACUUUUGAGAAUAUCUUUCAUUUCUGAAGGAGCUGCUGAUCAAGAACUUCCCCCAACAAGGACAUCUAGCCAUCAUUUUCCUGCAGAUUUGAGAGGAGCAACAGCAGUUCGGAUGCAGGACCAUGGAGGAGAAAGACAGGUCGCCAGCAGUCUGCCCCACAGUGUCAAGGCGAGCCUGUCUCUUUCUCCAUCGGGGCCGGGAAGGGUGAGCAGUGGUGGGGGCUCUCCGACGUCUAAAAUGGACUACUGCGGAGGGGUCCCAGUGGAGGACAUGCAGGCCCUGGCCAUCACCUCCUUGUCUGCAUCAGAUGUAGCCAAACAAUAUGAGCACAUCCGCGAGCUGGGGAAAGGCACGUACGGCAAAGUGGACCUGGUGGCCCACCGUACACAGGGCACCAAAAUGGCAUUAAAGUUUGUUACCAAAAAUAAGACCAAGCUGAAGAGCUUCCUGCGGGAGUACAGUUUGACGGGCUCGCUCAGCUCCAGCCCCUUCAUCAUCAAAGUCCUGGACGUGCUCUUUGAGACAGAGGACAGCUACGUGUUUGGACAAGAAUACGCUCCCGCCGGGGACCUCUUCGACAUCAUUCCGCCGCAGGUGGGUCUGCCUGAAGAAAUGGUCAAACGCUGCAUGCAACAGUUAGGCCUGGCCCUGGACUUUAUGCACAAUAAACACCUGGUGCAUCGGGACGUCAAACCUGAGAAUGUUCUCUUGUUUGACUGCGAGUGCCGGCGCAUUAAACUCGCCGACUUUGGCAUGACCAGGCGAGUGGGUUGCCGUGUUAAACGGGUGAGUNUGAUUAUUCCGUACACAGCGCCGGAGGUUUGUCGGGCCAGUCGUGCUGAGGGUUUUCUCGUGGCCACCAGUCUAGAUGUCUGGGCAUUCGGUGUGCUGGUCUUUUGUAUGCUGACAGGUAACUUCCCCUGGGAGGCAGCGUUGCCAUCUGAUGCUUUUUAUGAGGAGUUUCGGAGAUGGCAGAAAGCAGGUUGUCCCGUUGGGACUUACCCGUCUCAGUGGCGCCGCUUCACUGAUGAUGCCUUAAGAAUGUUUCAGAGGCUGCUGGCUGCCGAGCCGGAGAAACGCUGCGGAGUCAAGGACGUCUUCUGCUUUGUCAAGUACGAGCUGGUCAGCGAACUCAGACGCAGAGCGUCCUGUCGGGCAAAGAGAGGCGAGAGGUCAAGCUCAGGAGUUUGCACUGGCAGCUGUACCCCCUCUUCAUCCUCCACUUCAUCACGUUCUUCCCACCGACACCCUGAACCCUCCACUCCUCCAGGAACGACCUGCCUGCGACCGGCACCACUCAAACGUAGCGUCCUCUCUGACCCGCUGUCUCCCAGAGAGGACAGUGGGCAACACCAGUCUCCGGGCCGAGACAAAAACAAAAGCCAGAUGGUCAUGGCAACUGCCAUCGAAAUCUGUGUGUGACCACGCGCUGGAGUGGAGCUUGUCACACAAUAACAAACUGUGAUGAGGUGUUAAUGACUCCUUCAGAGACAUCAGUGAGAAAGGAGAUGGACUUUCAUCAUCAAAGAUAAGCUCAGGAUCUGAUCCGCUGCUGCGACGAUGGACAUCAAUCACACACACACGCUCCGACAGCUUAUCAUCGGCACAUGGGUUUUCAUUUAUGACCAAAGACUGCUUCCCAAGCUGAGAAGCCAUGCAGGCAGCGUUUAACACUGCAAAGCUGAUGAGGUUCCUCUCAGCAGCUCAUUCUGCCAUCCAGACUUUUCUGCCCAUACACUGUGGUGGUGCUAAUGAUUCGAUAAUUACAUAGUACACAAGAAUAGAGUCUUGUCUUUUCUCACUCAUCAAUAUGUGUCUGUUUAGCUUAACAAAUCUGGCAGUUUUUUGAACAUGGCGAUUUUGGUCUCGGUCACAGGUUACAUUUAACAUUGGAAAACAAGGACUGCUGUUUGUGAUCACUGCCGAACUGCAACAGUUACAUCAGUUUAUAAUUAAUAGGUUGAAAUGCGCUAAAAAUAUCCUUACAAGUGCAAUGCAACAUUUGCCACACCUUUCUUAAUGCCACUGUGUGGGUUGAACUUUUUUCUUUUUUCUUACAUAGAUCUUUAUUGUGGAAAUGUUUUUAGUGGUCUGGUGUUGGGUUAAGGAAACUGAACGAGAACCAUCUGGAGUAGUUCAGGUCAGUUUUAACUUGAAGACAUGGCAGUCUUGGUCGUGGACAGUUUAUUAAAAAAGUCACUUGUAUCAUGCUAGGGCUGAAGUUUGGACAGUAACCACAAUAAGUAUUGACUUCAUCAGAGAUAGAGAUGUGUAAUUGUGGAAACAUUUCCUUUUCAAUCUUAUUACCAGACAAAAAAAGAUAAGCACACACACAGCACAGUUAGGAGCUAUUUUGUUGCUGCGUAUUUGCAAUAAUAUUUUAUGAAUUUGCUGGAGUAGAGGAAUGAAAGUCCAAAAUUCGGAAUCUCUAGGUCGUGCUCUCAAACCAUUAACAUUAACUUGGUCAGUUGUGAACAAAAUACUAAUGACAAUAUCCUCAUUCCUUCCAUUCUCUUGAAUUGUCUCAUACCAUAUCAGGUACAGGGAGGCCAAAAUGCCAUCGGAUCAGGUGGUACUGAUAAGUCCAAGGCCAGUGAUCUGAUCUACGCAAAUACGUUCUGCUGCCAUUUCUCUAACUUCCUGCCAGCCUCCAAUAGGUCAAAUGUUUAAAAGAGAAUUUUCAAAGAGAGAGUGUUCUUUUUCAAGACCAACAGAGACAAAUGGAAAAGUUAAAUGUAGCAGUUUGUAUGAGAUGUCUUUUCAUACAUGUCCUGACUCAGACUCAGACAUCACCUCAGGACGCCUCAGUGGGUCACUUCGUUUUUGCUACUAUUAAUGGAAAUCCACUGAGGUCGAGGAUGACGUAUCUGCCACUUCUGAACUGCUCUCAAUGAGAUUAUUCUCCAGUGUAACACAGUAGAAUACAGGGAUUGCACAUUGUCUGAGUGAAAGGAAUGUUGGAUUACAGAAAUAGUUUUCUUUUCUACCUGCAGUGUGUGUCUGAAGGUGUUUCUUUGUGUGUGGUUCAAAGGCCAAAGCACAAAAUAUUUUCUAAAGUAAUGACAAAACCUACAGAAAAAUCUUUAUGGUACUAUUUCUAGAAGUGCACCGUAAUAUCAGGUAGUUCAUCUAUGUAGCUGUAUUCUUUUUUUUUUAUGACGGGGACUUUAGGGGUUUACAUAUACUGUACUGUCGCAUUGUAUGUAGCAACACUAUAUGACAAAAUAGUCUAUCAUUAGAAAGGAAAAAAAUGAUCUAAAGUCAUAACAUCCAAGUGUAUAACAUGGAAGCAGCUGCUGAUUUUUCUUUUAUGGAAGAGUCUUGUCAGAACUGGACCAGGUUUUUCUUGACCCUUAACCUUUGUGUGCUAGAUUUUGGCACCUUUCAUUUUCCUGUCAGCACCAACACGGCUUUCAUGACGUCCAUUCUGUUUGUACAAAUAUUGUGCUCAGCGCUUGACACCUUGAACAACUAAUUGCAAAAGUUGUUUUGAUUGUCAGGUUUGGACACCAAACAAAUCGGACAGCUUGUUUCAAGUCAAGGUUGCUGUUUCUUUCUACACUGCAGCUGACACUCUUCAUCCAAUGUCCAUUUCAAAGUGGGUGUAACAUUUAGAAUUCUGGAAACUCUUAAAAGUAGUGCAUCUGAAUGUCUGAAAUAGUUAAGACAGAGGGUCAAAACGUCCCAUCAGUAAAAGGAGACAUUAAAGCUAGUUUGUUACUUUGCUGUUAGCUAGCAAAAUAAACAGUGGGUGUCUUCUUAUUGGGACAGGAAAGUUUUAAAAACAUCUGAAAGGUGACACUGUUCAGCAACACAAAACUGAUGACUAGCUAGGAAUUAGUAAAUUGUUUUGCAUUUGUUAGCAAGCAAACUGAUCAUUUCUCCUUGGCUGGAUUUUCAAAGAAAAACAUGGCAGAUGGACAGACAUCUUGAAGAAGAAUUAGUUACACGUUAUAUUUAACAUGAAUUGUUGGGGAAAAUGACAGCCCCUGAAGAUCACCUUUAAUCUCAUCUCCGUGCUUCUCUCUACUGCCACAGGCUCCUUUACCUUGAGGAAUGAUCUCUGUGUCAUUUGUUAACAUUCUCAUCAGUGUUGAUUGAUCCUGACCCGCAGGCUGUUUCUAAAGAGAUACUGCCGGAAAAGCACAGAGUAAUCAGUGGGGACAAAUGUUCAUUUCCAUUAUCUUUUAUUUCUUGCUUGAAUUGCUUUCACUUAUUUUCCCUCCUCUCCUCCCAUGGCAGCCAAUCAGCUCUGUCACUAUAGUGACAGCCACAGCGCUACCCAGGUUCAGCUUCUGCACCCUCCCUGAACAACAAGUCUAAUUGAGCUCAGGCGAACAACUGGUCGCCAGCCCCUCUUCCAGUCAUCUGCAGCUCCUCAUGACAGCUGCUGAGCUGACUGUACUGCAUGACAGAUUUCUCAAAAUACUCGUUUUUGCUCUCUCUCUCUUUCUUUUUCCUCCAAGCUACUUCUCAAAAAUCAAAGUCUUUAUCUGGUUUUGUCUGACAUAAUUGGAGUUGAAGCGUGAUCAUUCCCUCCUUCUUUCCCUGCUCUGACUCUGGGCUCUGAAAAGGUGAGCUGAUUGAGGCUGAAGUCCUGCUGGAAGGAGCUAUUGUUUGCUGACAUACCGACAGCAUCGCAGCAUUUGUCAAAAAGGUAAUUUGCUGUGGAUGGAGACAGGGAUUACACAGCCUGUGGACCGUCAGAAGUUAGAAACACAGGUCAACACAAGAGAAAUGAAUGAAAGGUAAUGAAGCAUGGCCAGGUUUUACCGCAGCACAGAAUAGAUCAUAACAGAAUACGUGGUACUGCAGCAUUUCAUCAUGACACAACUUAACAUGACGAAGGAAGCAUAUGAACAAAAGUCAGUAAAUAAUAAAUAUAAUUGUGUUAUAAGGGAUAUGAAAAUGGUAGGAUAUAAAAUAAAAUAUUGGACUGUCUUAACUGAAAGUUUGAUAUGUUUCUCAGCAGGUUAGGGUGAUAAAGAGAUAUAAAUGAAUAAGAAUACAAGUGCAUGAAAAGAGUACACUUGGUGAAUUUGAUAAAUAAAGAACAUGGCAACGAAAGGAAGAAAUUGGUGGGAAAGCCCACUAUUUUCUUUACCUUCAUCUGGAAACUACCUAAUCCUAGUUUUUUCUCAGAUUUGCUACUUUACUGCUACUAUACUUCUGUCCAUUCUGCUUACUCCCAAUAAUAAUGUCAGCAUCGUCAACGUCACCUCCAGCUUUGCCUAGUAAGUGCUACUGUUUUCAAACCAUCAUAGCUAUGCUCACUACCAUCUCCACCCAUUCAGACCUGUCCUCGUCCAAUUAUGCUUCUGUCUUUUGUGCACCAUCCACUGCGUAGGAACGGUAACACACAGGUAUAUGUACACAUCCCAUCUUUCAAAAACAUAUACUGCAGAUUAUGCCAUGACACAUCAGGACAUGAUACAUGUCAUAAAACAAUGCUAAUCCAUAUAGUAUCCACCAUUAUAAAUCACUCUAUAUCAUACAAAUUCAAUACAUUAUACAACAAAAGUGCUCAGUCAGCAUGACUGAUCUAUCAUACCAUGGCAGGACAUGACCUAACCAGCCAUAACACUAUGCUUCACAAUAUGACAAAGGUCAAAUCAUAACAUGUUUUACAACCUACUGUUGUUCUUGUUGAUGUAAGCAGCUGUGUCUUUGUUAUACGUCAUCAUUAGACUAGCCAUGUGCACUGUUGUUUCUCAUGGACUGUUGAAACAGGACUUCAACAGGUGUAAAACAUAUGGGAGAAAAACUUUGUUUUUUGUUUUUGUUAAAGCUCUAGAAAGUAGCCUUCUUUUGUGUAUUUGUUCUUCUGAUCGUUGAACAAACUGUUUUCUGCCAGCAGGUCAUGUUGAUGUGGAAUCAAAUGUAAAUACUGUACGUAUUGUGUCUUUAACAUAAAAGGUUUUAAAAAAGAAAAUAAAAAGAAAUAUACAAAAAUGUUAAUAUAUGUUGAAAUAAAUCUACGAACCUCAAUGUGUCUUCUGGGCCUUUUUCUUUACCCUGUGAUAUUUUUUGAAAGAGUUGGCAAAACUGCCUCUUCUCAUGGUCCCCCACACUGUAUAUUAGACCAAAGUCAAACUGAAUCAUGUGUCAUUUCCUGAGGCUUAUGUCUGAUUUAGUGGGGAGACUCCAGACUACUUUAAAUUGACGACUCCCUCCUGAAAGGCCAAUUAACAUUUCUGCAGACAGGAAACACCUUCUGCCCCUUAAGCAGCAAGAAAGUGGUUCAAGGGCAGCUGCGACAUGACAUGGGAGAAUGAGAGGAAGUUAUCAUCUCCUCUCUUCUCGUUGCCACUCAGCUGUGGUGUCAUCGUGGAGGAGUUGAGUUAACUUGUUAUCCGGCAGAUUUUAGACGGUGCUGUGAGAUGUGUGAGUUCCUCUGAGAAAAGCUAAUCAGUUUGGACAGUGAGAGAAAAAGCGAGAAAAGGUCAAGGAUGACACACAGGGGCUGAGGUAGUGAAUACAGGCUUGUUCUUUGUAACAGAUAGAUGCAGGAACAACGGACUUUCCCCCAUCACUCAAUUUAGAAAAAGCUUCAUUGCUAGGAUACAUACCAUUGAUAAUCAAGAAAGAAACAUUUUGGUUCUAGGUGUUAGCUGGUUUU